AUGUUUGAACUAGUUUUAUGCGAAAAACUACGAGCACAGUUGGAGGACUUAUUGAAACAAGAGAAUAAUAGGGUUUCUGAUGCAAUAAUAGCACUUGAGGAGGGUAAGAUAUCAUUUAAAGCUCUUCUGGAGGUUUAUAAUAAGUUUUGGAAACAUGAAGACGAUGUGCGCCUCAGAAGUCUAUUGGGUGGCUUCCAACUAAAUUUGUUAAAACCACGUAUUAGGGGUAGUGACUAUACACCGAGCUUCCGUAGGCAUUUAGAAAACUUACGGGCAGAAAGGGAGGAACAAGAAUAUCAGGAAAUGCUUAGCCGGAAUAAUCGUAAAUAUGGCGUAGGUCUGACGGCUGUAGGGAAAGACAGUGGCGAAGCUCCAACUCUUGCACAAAUUAACCGUGAAGUCAAGGAACAAGUGACUACGGUGGUAAAUAUCUUGGUUACAGUAUUUGGAAUUACCUAUGGUGUUUGGUAUGUGACAGGGGCCUCGGGGUUAUUUCCUCCCCAUGUAAGAGUGCUGUUAUGUCUAAGCUGCGGAAUUCUCGUUCUUAUUGCAGAUGUUGCAAUGUACAACGUGUAUAACAGAAAGAUUGAGGAAGCAAAGAUAAAUGAGAAGCGCACCAAGGAGAAGAGACGUGUUUCCAAAAAGCUAAUUAUUUAA